GCUGCUUGCGGCCGCCUCCCCGCCCUGCCAGCCGGCCGGGGGCUCCACGCGGGGCUGCAGAGGACAGCGCAGCCCUCUGCGCCGGCCCCACCCUGCCUGAGCUCGCUCCCUCCCGGCGCCUAGGGCCGAUGGCGGAAGCCGGCAGGAGCCCGGCGAUGUCCCCGGACCAGCCAGCCAGCCAGGAGGCGGUGGCAGCGGCGGAGCUGGACCCCGAGCCCGAGGCUCCCAGCCCGCCAGCGCCUGCCCUGCGCUGGCUGCCCGGGGACCCAAGUCCCCGCGGCCGCUCCCAGAGCGACCUGUCGUCCGCCUCGAGCAGGGGCCGCCCGCUCCGGGUCCACAUCUCUGGCUCAGUGGAUGGACUAGACAAAGCCUCCAUAGCAAACUCAGAUGGCCCCCCAGCGGGUUCCCAGACACCUCCCUUCAAGAGAAAGGGGAAGCUCUCCACCAUUGGUAAGAUCUUCAAGCCUUGGAAAUGGAGGAAGAAGAAGACCAGCGACAAAUUCAGAGAAACCUCAGCAGUAUUAGAGAGGAAGAUAUCCACCAGACAAAGUAGAGAGGAGCUGAUAAGAAGGGGCCUGCUUAAAGAAUUGCCUGACCAAGAUGGAGAUGUAACAGUUAACUUUGAAAAUUCAAACGGGCACAUGAUACACAUCGGAGAGGAAUCUACCCAGGAGGAGAAUGUAGGGAAACCCGAAGAAGGGAAUGGUUCUGUGUGUGAGAAAACACCACCUCGGGAGGAAAAGGCAGAAGAUAAGAAAGAGAACACUGCAAUCCACUCUGAAACACCGGCUGCUCCUGCUCUACCUCCUACAGCUCCUCCUAAGCCCAAGCCCAAACCCAAACCUAAACCCAAAAAAUCUCCUGUGCCUCCCAAAGGGGCCACUGCUGGGGCCGGCCACAAAGGGGAUGAAGUGCCUCCUAAUAGAAAAAAUGUCAAGGCUCACAGUAAACAGGCCCCUACCCUUCCACCCAAGCCAACAAGCCGAAACACAACCCGGGAGGCUGCUGGUUCUUCUCACCCGAAGAAAACAGCUGGCUCUAAAGCAUCUGCUUCAGCAUCUGCCUCCUCCACCUCCUCUCGUUCCCAAGUGUCCAAGGAGCCAGUUGCUAGCAAAACGGGUGUCGUGGGCACGGCAAAGGGCAAGAAGAAAAUUGGCAAGCAGCCGGCGGCCUCCCAACUCUCCUCAGACACCACCACCGCGGACGCAUCGAGUCUUAAAGGAGAACCCUCAGACACCGGGAUAGAGAGUCUCACACAAGAGGAGACUGUUGCUGGAGCUGAGGAGCAGGCCACGGGCAAAUCCAAGGCUACUGUCCUUCCACCUCCCGUGGCACCACUGCCUUCCCCACCCGUCCUUCCUCUGCCCCUUGAGGAUCAGUGCAUUGUUGCCUUGGACACUCCCAUGGUCCCGGUCAGUGAUGGACCUACCCUGCCUGGCUCUGCCUUAGACCCAAGUCAGCUCCCUUGGACUGAAGAGCAGGCGAACAGCGCUGGCUCAAGUGGUACCAGAGAACAGGCACAAUGUUUUACAACCAAAGAUGAGCUGGGGAAAGCUGGACCUCUUGGGCAGAUGGGAGACUCUUCAGAAUCCUUCAGUGCCUCGGAGGAUGAGGCCCCAAGAGAGUACCAAUCCAACGACUCUGACUCAGAUGGACCCAUCUUGUACACUGAUGAUGAGGAGGAAGAGGAUGAUGAUGAUGACGGCAGUGGAGAAAGUGCUUUGGCAAGUAAGAUACGACGAAGGGACACUCUUGCCAUAAAACUUGGCAACAGACCAUCCAAAAAAGAACUGGAGGAUAAAAACAUCCUGCAGCGAACAUCUGAAGAAGAAAGACAGGAAAUAAGACAGCAGAUCGGGACCAAGCUAGUCAGAAGACUCAGCCAGAGGCCAACAACAGAGGAAUUAGAGCAAAGAAACAUCUUAAAACAAAAGAACGAAGAAGAGGAGCAAGAAGCAAAAAUGGAACUGAAACGGAGACUCAGCCGGAAGCUCAGCCUAAGACCUUCUGUGGCAGAGCUACAAGCCCGAAGGAUCUUGCGAUUUAAUGAGUAUGUAGAGGUCACGGAUUCUCCCGACUAUGACCGCCGGGCCGACAAGCCCUGGGCCAGGUUGACACCUGCAGACAAGGCCGCAAUAAGGAAAGAACUCAAUGAAUUCAAAAGCACAGAAAUGGAAGUUCAUGAAGAGAGUCGACAGUUUACAAGGUUUCAUCGUCCAUAAGGAAGUGCGGGGCUGCUCAGAAAUAGGGACUGACCAUCCCCGGUGGAAACCCUGCUUCCUGAGACCCCGACAUGGCACUGAGCUUUCAACGUGUAUGUGUUUCCAUUUCAUUGCGGUGAAGGAGGCCCGUGACUCAGCCUUGGUUGAGACUGCUCCUCACCCGGACAGCCCAGACGAGGCCAUCACGCUGAGAGCCAGAUGCAGCAAGCCUAGCUGCCCAGGAUGUCCACUAAUGUAAGGGACACUCUGGCUCUCUCAGCUGUUCUUCAUCAGAAAUUUCAAUCAAAGAAGACAAGCAGAAGACAAUCGCCAGUUUGACUGCCAGAAAGCCAAAUGGUAUAGUGCGUGUGGGUUGACCAACAGGAGACAUGGGUAUUACUGCUGGUCACCCCAACAGCGUGGGAGCUAAAAAUGAGGAGGACAGUUCCGUUAUGUUAAUGAAGAAAAGAAGAAUGAAGAUAAGUAUAUUUUUGAAGUAGGCAUUUGGUAGCUGAGAACUUACUAAGGGAUUUGGGAACCUACUCAACCAAUGUGGAUUCCUUAAAGACUUGAUUCCAGAACAUUCUUGUUUCACCAAAAAGUUGGUUCUGUGUAAUACCAUAUUUUUUAUGUUGUGCCAGUGAACCCAGUUGCCAGAAACAAAUCUGAGUGUGCAUUAAAUGCAAGAAGCCUCUACCCACUCUUCUUACCAAGCAUGCUUGCUUGCAUUGUGUUGCAUGCUUUCUGUAGCCCAGCUAUCCACACGACCUUUUCUUAUACUGCUUUCCUAAUGGGUGAGCCCUCUACAAGGCUAACAGAAGUAAGGUCAGAUAUAAAGUGACCCUGCAAAACUAUUGGAAGCUUUAGAAAUAAAUCUCCUGUCUUAGUUAUCUCCAAAGUCAGGAAACCCUUCAUUAUCUAAAGAAGAUGAUAUGGACGAUCAUGACACUCUUUUUAAAAACUCAAUCCAGAGUUGCAGAGUAAGCAGAAUACAAGUGUGUGCUGCUUGCUCCAAGUUCUGAAGGGGAAUUAAAAAGAAAAAAAUACCCGGUAGUUUUGAGUGCUGCGUUAAAAAUUUUAAAAAAGUUAGGUUGCUGCUAUUAAAAUAAAAAAAAAAAAAAAACCAAGCACAUAGAUUUAACAAAAAUACCCUAAGGCUUAAAGGAAGACAGAAAAUUGCUGGUUUAUGUAAAGGAAACCUUACCGUCUGUGCUGAUUCUGUGGAUCACAUCCAUACUACAAUCUGUACUCCCCGUGCCAGAAAAGCAGUGAGAUACAGUUCAGGCCAGUUUCUACGAGAGCCUGUAAUCAGUCUUGUUUACAUUAAGAAGCUUCCUUCCUCAAAUUGCUUUUCUCUGUAGUAUCAGGCUCCAGCACAGAACCCCAGAAGGGCUCACUUGUGAAUACUACCUUGAAUUUCAUUUCCCUUAACAAUUGUUUUGGGCCUCUUGGAUUAAAAGCAUACGAUAUUAUUUUUUUAAAAAAGAGAAGGCAGAGUCUGUAUCAAGUCUAUCUUAUUCUCUGAUCUGGAACUCUGACGGCUCUGCUUCAGGAUGUGGAAGCCUGUAAUUUUCUAUCCCAACUGAGAAGUCAGCAUUUAAUCAGUGGAAUAAGUGUAGGUCCCACCACUCUGUGGUAUUUGGAGGAACCACUUGAAAUUUGAUGAUUUCAUUUCAAAGUAAAAGUGGUUAGCGGCAGUUGACCUACUGUAAAGAGCCAGGAGGAGCAUUACAUGAGGUAACCAGCAUUAUUGUACCCGCCACUACGCUUAGCUGUUUGCAUUAAUAAAACAAGACUACAAUCUACCCGAGUUCAUUUCACUAAUGGCGGAAGACAGACUUUGCUUUUGAGAUAAUGUCUGUGUGUGCCCUGGUGUUUGUCUUCGGCUGAGGGCUUGUUUCUUUUGUUGUUGUUUUGCAGUGCUGGGAUUGAACCGGGGCCUUGUGGGUGUCCUGCACACUUUCUAGAACCCCCGAGCUGCGCCCCCAGCCUUUGUUUGCUUCAGUGUCUCAAUUCAGCCAUAAAAAUUAACUCCUUUUCUCA